AUGACUAUGGAAAAUAUAUAUUGUACCUUAAGAAAUGAAUUUACAAUCUGGUCAACAUACAUUUUAGAAGGAUAUGCAGUCUUUAUGGUAUAUCCCUUAAUUUUGAUAGGGAUUCUGAUAAUAUUAUAUUAUCCUUUUGUUCAUAUAUUAUUUAUCAUCUAUGUCAGUAAUGCAAUACUUUUUGUAUGGAAAAAAAUUGGCAAUCUGCCAGAAGAUAUAAGUAGCCAAAAAUGGGACAAGCCAAAACAAUUUCUGGCACUGGUAGCUGAGUGGCAUGGAAAAAUAUUGCACAGUUAUGAGGUUUCUGGACUAGAAAAUCUACCAAAAGGACCAGCGAUCCUUGUUUAUUACCAUGGAGCUGUACCACUUGACUAUUAUUAUUUUAUUCAAAGGAUUUAUAGACUCACUGGGAGAUUAUUCUAUUCUGUGAUAGAUCAUAUUGUUUUUCAUAUACCAGGAAUACGUCUAUUCCUCGCUGUCCAUCACACUAAUCAUUGUUCAAGAGAAAAGUGUUUAAACAUUUUGAAACAAGGGCAUGUACUGGGAAUUGCACCAGGAGGAGUACGAGAGCAAAAUUAUGGAAAUAACUACUAUAAACUAAUAUGGGGAAAACGGAAAGGAUUUGCUCAUAUAGCUAUAGAUGCAAAAGUGCCAAUCAUCCCUGUAUUUACACAAAACAUUAGAGAAGGAUAUGUAACAUAUGGAAAUAUAAGACCAAUGAGAUGGUUAUAUGAGCGAACCCGAUGGUUUAUCUUUCCACUAUAUGGAAUGUUUCCAGUUAAACUUAUAAGCCAUAUUGGAAAACCAAUUCCAUAUGAUCCAGAUAUAACUCCUGAAAAAUUAGCUGAAAAAACUCAAAGGGCAGUGGAGGCUUUACGGGACAAACACCAGAAAAUCCCGGGAAGCAUAUUGCAGGCUCUUAGGCAACGCUUUGAGACACAUAACAAAGAUAAAUAGUGAUAUAACAACCAUAAUCUCUCUAUAUAAUAU